AACAAAACAUCCAAAAUGGGAACAACCGUGAAGUCUUCUUCUAAAGUUCCAGUUCUUGAUCUCACGAGCCGACAGGACUUGAAACCAAACACGUCCACGUGGCGUUCCAUUUCCAGAGAAGCCUGUGAAGCCCUGGAGGAAUACGGGUGUUUUGUGGCUUUGUACGACGGAGUAACGCAGCAGCUAGACGAUUCCGUCUUCGCCGAGGCUGAGGAACUGUUUGAUCUCCCGACGGAGACAAAGAGGAAGAACGUGAACGAGAAGCCGUACCAUGGCUACGUUGGUCAAAUGCCUGUGAUCCCUCUUCAUGAAGGUCUUGGAAUUGACUAUGUUACAAACAAAGAAGAGGCUCAAAGAUUCACUCAUCUCAUGUGGCCUCAAGGAAACCACCAGUUUUGCGAAACAGCGCACGGUUUCUCAAACGCGGUUGCGGAAUUGGACAGGCUAGUGGUGAUGAUGAUAUUUGAGAACUACGGUGUUGAGAAACACUAUGAUUUACAUGUAGGAUCAAAGACUUACCUACUCAAGUUUCUCAAGUACUUGGCCCCACCAGAGUCUAUCUCAAUGCCAGCUUUUCCUCAGCACACAGACAAGACCUUCUUAUCAAUACUUCACCAAAAUGGUGUGAAUGGUUUAGAGGUGAAAUCAAAAGACGGUGAAUGGAUUUCUCUUCAACUCCCACCCAAGUCUUACGUUGUCAUGGCUGGUGACAUCUCUAUGGGUUGGAGCAAUGACAGGAUACGUUCUUGUGAGCAUAGAGUAACAAUGGAAGGAGACAAGACAAGGUACACUUUAGGUCUUUUCUCUUUUCUAAAGGGAAUGGUUUCGGUCCCUGAGGAGCUUGUGGACGACGAACAUCCGCUCAUGUACAAGCCGUUUGAUAACAUCGCUCUCAUAAACUUCUAUGCAACCAAAGAAGGCCGUGAAGCGAAGUCAACUCUCAAAGCUUAUUGCGGUAUCGAAUAGUCAGACGAUUGAUCAAGAUGACAAUGUCUUUAAAAUCUAAAUGUUAUAAUAGGUUCAAACAUCCAUAUUGUUCUAGUGCAUUUUGAUUAUUUUGCAUGUUGAUUUUCAGUUUUUUUUGUGCCAGUGUUCGAAUUUUCUCUUGAAAAGUAUAAGAUCUUAUGUGUAUAUAAGAUGAAAAUAGGUUUUGUAUGUUUACUUUAAAACAAUGUUUCAAAGGCAUCUUGGAUCAAUGAUCCGUUUAGAGUGUGAC